AUCGAGCGGGCGUGCUAGAGAGAGAGAGAGAAAGAAAGCGAUCGACGUCGAGAUCGAGACGAGACACUUCUUGUCGGACGAUCCAGAUCGCCUCUAACGAGCGUCUCCGCGGACCUGAAAGUCGUUUUUUUCCAGGUCUUUGCUUCCCGCUUUGUUUCCGCGUUUUACGAUUUUAUCGUAUGCUCCGAUUUAUCGCGCCAGAAGCAUCUUGUGACAAACAAACGCAGUGAAGGAAAAAAAAACACGCAGGGAAAGCAAUCUACUGAGGAAAACAACUGAGAGAGGAAAAAAAGACCUGUACGCAGACAUACAGACGCCAUAACAGAAACCCUGGACAUAGAAACGCAGAUUGCUUGUACAACGUGAAAUUGUAAAUUAUAUUCAAUUACAAUUGCAGUCCUAUACAGCGAUAUCGGCCGCUACGAAGUUACGUGCGUUGCGUCAUUCAGCGCGCAGUAUCGAUGAAGUAAUAAUUCAAGGGCGGGAGCGAGAAUUUGGUCGUGUGUAUUUGGACGAACGUCGGACGCGGACGCGCGCUUUUCUCCAUGGCGGCCGGUGGCAGAUUCGAGAGCCGGCCGAGAGGCGGCGCGCACCGUCUCAGCGCGUCGACAUCGCCCCGGCACGGCAACGCCGUUUCCGCACUCCUCUGCUUCACGUGCGGCGCUUGUUUCGUCCUGAGCCUGAUCUGCACGUGCCUGGCGACAUUGGUAGUGCUGUUGGACCAGAGCGUCGAGGCGGCGAGCUAUCGACACGAUUCGAACAGACCGGAGGCGUUUACAACAAUGGGCAAGGACGCAGAACCCGACGUAAGCUUCCGGCUGCCGAAGGAAGUCAGGCCGAUGCAUUACGACCUGUUCCUGUAUCCGAAUCUUGAAGAGGGCACGUUUUCCGGUAAGGUGACUAUUCUCCUCGAUGUUCUUGACAGGAGAAGAACUAUAGCCCUCCAUCAGAAGGACCUCAACAUCACGUCGGCGAAUCUAACGACGUACGACCGAGAAGAGAACUUUGAGAUCAAGCUCUCGUCCAUCAGUAAACCCACAAAGUACGAGAUCUUUGUGAUAUCCGCCGAGAAUGAAUUCAACCCGGGAUUGUAUAACUUAAAAUUGGAGUUCGACGGUAGUCUUCAGGACAAAAUAGUCGGUUUCUAUUCCAGCAAGUACAAGGAUCCUCGAAAUAAAACCAGACUCAUCGCUACUUCAAAGUUUGAGCCAACCUAUGCUAGACAGUCCUUCCCGUGCUUCGACGAGCCUGCUUUUAAAGCGGAAUUUACGAUAAAGCUGGCUCAUCGCAAGGUUGACUGCUACAAUGCCUUGUCCAACAUGAAUGUAGAGAAUAUUCUAGUCGACCAACCAGCAUCUGGUCUGGUGACAGUGAACUUCGCAAAGACUGUGCCUAUGUCGACAUACCUGGCAUGUUUCAUCGUCAGUGAUUUCGUGUCCGUAACCAAGAUGGCGAAGGGCUUGAACGGCCGGGAAUUUCCGAUCAGCGUUUACACCACAUUUGCGCAAAAGGAAAAGGGAUCCUUCGCCAUGGAAAUCGGCGUGAAGGCUAUCGAAUAUUACAUAAAUCUAUUCCAGAUAGACUAUCCGUUGCCGAAACUCGACAUGGCCGCUAUUCCCGAUUUUGUGUCCGGCGCCAUGGAGAAUUGGGGUCUGGUGACGUACAGAGAAGCGAGGCUUCUUUACGACAACGUAACGAGCUCCACCACGACGAAGCGCGACAUCGUCAACGUGAUCUGUCACGAAUUCGCUCAUAUGUGGUUCGGAAAUCUCGUUACGUUAGCCUGGUGGAACGAUUUGUGGCUCAACGAAGGUUUCGCUACGUUUAUGUCGUUCAAAAGUGCCGAUACUUUUCUACCAGACUGGGGAUUUAUGGAACAAUUUCUUAUUAACGAGAUACAUACCGUAUUCGUGACCGAUGCGAAACUGAGUUCCCACCCUAUAGUUCAGACCGUCAAGAAUCCGGAUGAGAUAACAGCCAUCUUCGACGAGAUAACUUACCAGAAGGGGUCAUCUGUGAUUCGCAUGAUGGAGAACUUCAUCGGACCCGACAUUUUUUACGGUGCUAUCACCGCCUAUCUGAACAAGUACGCCUAUCAGAACGCGGAGACCGCGGAUCUCUUGAACAUCCUACAAGACGCAGUCGGAAGUAAAAUGAACAUAACCGAUAUCAUGAACACUUGGACACGGCAGAUGGGCUUUCCCGUUAUCAACGUAGGCAAAUCCGGGAGCUCGUUCGUGCUGACUCAGAAGCGGUUCCUGGCCGAUCCGGACGCCGAGUCCGACCCCGCGGAAUCGGAUUAUGGAUACAAGUGGACAGUACCCAUCACUUAUAUUACAAACAAGAAGUCGCAACCCACUCUCGUGUGGUUCGACAAGGACGCAAGUGAACUGCUAAUCGAGCCGGACGAGCCGAUCGAGUGGAUCAAAUUCAACGUGGAUCAAGUCGGCUACUACCGAGUUAAUUAUCGUCCGGAGGAGUGGGAAACGCUCCGCUACCUGCUUCGCUACACUCACAAGAGAUUAUCAGUGUCAGACCGCACGAAUCUCUUGGAAGAUGCCUUUAGCUUAGCGGACGGCGGCGAGCUUGAGUACGGCAUCGCGAUGGACAUAACUUCGUAUCUGCCGGAGGAAAAUCAUUCCGUUCCAUGGUCGGUCGCAAACUCGAAGCUGACAACAAUCGACACCUUAUUGUCCUCUACGAAUAUAUCGUCGAAGUUCAAGAAUUACGUGAGAGACCUCGUAGAUAGCACCUAUCACGAUGUAAGUUGGAACGUCAACAAUGCCGAAGAUAAUGUGAUGCUGAGAUUGCGACCUACAGUGCUCGAGCUUGCCUGUACUGUGGGUCACACGGAGUGCCUGGACGAAGCUGGUGAGAUCUUCAAGAAAUGGAUCCGUGACUCCAACGAUACGCGGCCACAUCCCGACACCCGUCAACUCAUUUACUAUUAUGGUAUACAUCACGUUGGAGACGAAGCGGACUGGAACGUCUUGUUCCAGCGAUUCGUCAACGAGACCGAUUCCAGCGAAAAGUUGAAACUGAUGAUUGGCUUGGCAGGCAUACGAUCUAGUUGGAUCUUGAGCAAAUUCAUCACCACGGCUACCGAUGAAAAUUACGUGCGCGCUCAAGACUUCUUCCGCUGCUUGACUACGAUCUCCAAGAACCCGGUCGGCACGCCGCUGGUGUGGGACUGGGUGCGCACGAACUGGCAAUUUCUAGUGGACCGAUACACACUGAACGACCGAUACCUCGGCCAGCUGAUACCCGGCAUCACGAAGUCCUUCACCACGGAAACGAAGCUGAACGAAAUGAAGGUCUUCUUCGAGAAAUACCCGGAGGCCGGCGCUGGCGCGGCCAGUCGUGCGAAAGCCCUCGAGACCGUCUCGAACAAUAUCAAAUGGCUCGCUCGAAACAAAGAUAAGCUCGGGGACUGGUUGAAGAAGUACACACGUGACGAUUGAGCUUGACUCGGCAAAGCGACCAAAUUGAACGUAUCGAACAGAAGCGCCGAAGAAUUUCUUAUCGCGCGAGAUAACAGAUUCGAGGGGGGAAAAUGAGUCUGCGAGAUUCGUAAAACUUUUCGGAUGCGCGAGGAUAAUCAAUUGAGAUUUUUUUACGAUACAUUGAUCAUUUGAGCGAAUUUCUGCUUGUAAAAAUAAUAACGUUUUGUAACACGGGACCACGUGGGAAAUCGUGGCGUCAGAUCAGGGAAGCUGCAUUUUAUACAUUGAACGCACGUCGUGGUUGAAAGUUUUAGUCUGUUAAGUAAUUGUAUGUAAUAUAAUAUAAGACGUAAUUAUAAUAUUGAUACAUAAUA